CUGCCCCAGUAUUCCUCUCUCCAUCAGACCCCUGUGUGAUAGGUCUACCCAAAAAAAAGCGAAGAUCCGAUAAGACACACGGCCAAAAAGGAGCUCGUUUGGCUAUGAUAGCGUGGCAACGAUGGAGCGAGAGGAACCACCGAACUCGAUCCAAACUCGUUCAAAUGUUGACCUCGUCAUUCGUAAUUCUGCCGCGACAUAAUCAACCACGCGCGCGUUGCUCAAAACGAUUCGAAUCGAAAUCGUGGGUUUUGUGUUUUGAAGCGAAGGAAGAAACAAAAAAAAAAUAGAUUGUUUAGAAGCUUAAGUGCUUUGAAGUAUUUUGAUAUAUCCACGUGUUGGAGUAGUUCGCGACCGGAUUAAAAAUGGCAUUCGCUUUGUUGAUAAAUUGUGCGCGUUUGUCACUUCCGCUAGUGGAACGAAAUAUCGCCUCACUUACUGUGGCCAAUGCAAACAGUGAUACUCUGUUCAUCAAGGAAAAGCUGAACCAUGCAGCGUUUGGAAAACUUGCUCCCUGCUUCGUGACGGUCAGUGUGCGAGAAUACUCGAAGAAAAGCAAUCGAUCAGAACGAGCAUAUGAUGGCGAUUCGGACUCGGACGAUGAAAAGGAGCGGAAAUCUCCCGAGAGCAGAGAGAAGGGCAGCACCGAAUUUUGGCGGCGGAAGAUGCGCACAUUGCACGGUCUCCUGGACGUCAACAACGAUGGUGUGAUUUCUUACGACGACUUCAAGCUUCUAACGGAGAAAUUUGAAUCCCUCGGUCAUCUGAACAAAGAGGCAACGGAAGAGUUCCGUGACAUCAUGAAGACCACCUGGACCCAGCUAUUCGGUGAAAUCACACCCUACAAUCUGAUUACGGUCGAACAGUACCUAGGAGAGAUGCACCACGUGGUCAACGACAAGGACCUCCGAAAGAAGGCACACCGCUUCCUCCCGUACCUGUACAAGGCAGUCGAUAAGGACCACUCCAAAUCGAUCUCACUGAACGAGUUCAAACUAUUCUUCCGCUGUCUUGGUCUGACGGAUGAGGAUGCGGCGGUUUCGUUCGCGGUGAUCGACAGCAACGGGGACGGUCAAAUUACGCUGAAUGAGUUCGUGAAACUGGGACGGGACUUCUUUUUGACCGAGAACGAAACGAACGUUUCGCGCUUGUUCUGGGGACCGCUGGUGGAGCACUGAGCAUGUGAGCAUCUUUGGUGGAGCAUCAUUAAAAAAUUACAUCAUUCAAAAUUACUUUCCCUUAAAAUCAUUGAUGAAAUGACGUUGCUUACACAGGGAGUUUGUUAAGAACUAUUACAUGUGAUUAGGAUAUAAUAUACUUACAAAUAUAACAUUUUAUAAAGAACUAGCUG